GUGACAGUUCUCGUUUGACGUUUAAAUUUUUGACAUUUUCUGUCAGUUGUUCAUAAUAUACUGUUCCGUGAACAGCGUGAAUCCGACGAAAUAGAUUUCAGAUUGUGCGUGUGUUCUGUCACGAAUAUUCCAUACGUAAAUUGACGAUGGGAAAAAAGAAAUUGGGAAUCGGCUUAAGUCGUGACGAACGAAUGCUUAUUGUUAUCGGUGAAAUCAUCCAGGAACUACUGGUUGCUCACGAGAAACGCAAAGACGUCGACCUAAAUCGUAUGAAAUCUCGUUUAUCGUCCAAAUAUGGCCUCGAAUCGUCACCGCGACUUGUCGACAUCAUAGCCGCUGUACCACAAGAUGCUAAGAAAAUUCUAUUACCAAAACUCAAGGCGAAACCGAUUCGGACGGCGAGUGGGAUAGCAGUUGUUGCCCUGAUGUGUAAACCGCAUCGUUGCCCGCACAUCAGCAUGACCGGAAAUAUUUGUGUUUAUUGCCCGGGUGGUCCAGACAGUGAUUUCGAAUAUUCCACACAAAGCUACACCGGCUACGAACCGACAAGCAUGAGAGCCAUUAGGGCACGGUACAAUCCAUUUUUACAAACAAGACAUCGUGUGGAACAGCUAAAGCAACUGGGACACUCUGUGGAUAAGGUCGAAUUCAUUGUCAUGGGCGGAACCUUCAUGUCAUUGCCGGAGGACUAUCGAGAUUAUUUCAUUAGGAAUAUGCACGAUGCACUGUCUGGCCACCAGAGUUCAAGUGUUGCUGAAGCAGUCAAAUACUCGGAAAAAUCUCGAACAAAAUGCAUCGGAAUCACGAUUGAAACACGACCGGAUUACUGCUUGAAACGACACAUUUCCGAUAUGUUGUCGUACGGAUGUACUCGAUUGGAAGUGGGCGUUCAGUCGGUCUAUGAGGAUGUGGCACGGGAUACGAAUCGAGGACAUACAGUGCGAGCUGUGUGUGAAAGUUUUCACUUUUCGAAAGAUGCCGGAUUUAAAAUCGUCGCCCACAUGAUGCCCGAUCUGCCGAAUGUGGACUUUGAGCGGGAUAUCGAGCAAUUCAUUGAAUACUUUGAGAAUCCGGCCUUCCGUUCAGAUGGUCUGAAGAUUUAUCCAACAUUGGUCAUCAGAGGAACCGGAUUGUACGAACUAUGGAAGACUGGCCGAUACAAAAGCUAUCCACCAUCGAUGCUAGUCGAUCUAGUGGCCCGAAUUUUGGCAUUGGUGCCGCCGUGGACUCGUGUCUAUCGCGUUCAACGAGACAUACCAAUGCCGCUGGUCAGUUCCGGUGUGGAACACGGAAAUCUGCGUGAACUGGCUUUGGCACGCAUGAAAGACUUGGGAACAGAAUGCCGUGACGUUCGAACGCGUGAGGUGGGCAUACAGGAAAUACACAACAAGGUUCGACCGUACGAAAUUGAACUGAUCCGUCGUGAUUAUGUGGCCAAUGGUGGCUGGGAAACGUUCCUUUCGUAUGAGGAUCCGGAGCAGGACAUUUUGGUCGGUUUGUUGAGAUUGCGGAAAUGUUCGUCGGAAACGUUUCGGCCGGAGUUGAAGGGCGCAUGUUCUAUCGUACGAGAAUUACAUGUUUAUGGAUCGGUGGUGCCAGUCAAUGCACGAGAUCCGACUAAGUUUCAGCAUCAGGGCUUCGGCAUGUUGUUAAUGGAAGAAGCGGAACGGAUAUCGCGUGAAGAGCACGGCAGCACAAAAUUGGCUGUAAUCUCAGGUGUGGGAACACGAAAUUAUUACGCCAAAAUGGGAUACACAUUGGACGGACCAUACAUGUCUAAGAUGCUGGCGUAGCGAUAGGGAAUACAAACUGAAACACGGCAACCGCAUAUGUCCAUUUGCUUGAUAUAUAUUUCAUUCAUCAUCGGUGAUGUCCAGUCAUUCAUUCAAUAUACAAAUUCUACUUAAAAA